AUGGACUAUGCAAAACUUGUGGCAGAGGAGAUGGUUGAGCAACUGGAAAACAACAGAAAAAAGGAACCAGAAAUCAUAGAAGAAGCACAAAUAUACAAAGACAAAGAAACACUGCAGAGUGUGCUUGGUUUCUAUGCAAUUAGGAACAACUUCCAAUUCAGAGUUAAAAAAUCAUGUGCAAGAACAUACAAGAUUUGUUGUUUGGAUCCCAAAUGCAAGUGGGCACUAACAGCAUCCAGAAACGGGCCAACAAAGUCAUUCAUCAUUCGAAAGUACGACAGAAAGGUGAUACGCACUUGUGAUCUAAACAUCAGAUUUGCCGACAAGAGACAAGCUACAACGAAAUUGAUUGGAUACUACAUCAAGCCACGGUUCACCAACAUAAAAACAACUCAAACGCCACAAGACAUCAGAGGAGAAAUGAAACACAAGUAUGGGGUGAGAAUGAACUACAUGAAAGCAUGGAGAAGCAAAGAGCACGCGCAAGAAGAAUUACGAGGAAAAGCCAACGAAUCAUACAGGUUGCUGCCCGGUUUUUUGCACAUGUUGCAAAAAACUAAUCCCGGAACAAUAGUGCACAUGGAAACAGAGGAUGACAACAGCUUCAAGUACUUGUUUGUCGCACUGGAUGCAUCAAUAAAAGGAUGGAAGAAAUGUAAACCUAUAAUAGUUGUUGACGGAACUUUCCUUAAAUCAACAUAUGGAGGUACAUUGCUCUCUGCUUGUACACAGGAUGCAAAUGGGCACAUUUUUCCACUAGCUUUUUCUGUUGUGGAUUCAGAAAACAACAACUCAUGGCAAUGGUUUUUCACAAAAGUGAGAGAAACAUAUGGGAUUAGAGAGGAACAGUGCUUGAUCUCAGAUAGACAUGAGAGCAUAAGUAAGGCAGCUUGUCAAGUAUUUCCAGAAAUCACACAUUGCUAUUGUGUAUACCACCUGUUAAGCAACCUAAAAGCAACCUUCAAGAAGAAUGCAAGCAAGCUGGAUAAACCAUUCUUCGCUGCAGCCAGAGCAUACACAGAGAGGAAAUUUGAAUACCAUAUGAGCGAGUUGGACAGCUUGGACAUCCGUGUAAGACCAUAUUUACAACAAGUUGGAUACCACAAAUGGUCAAGAUACCACUGCAAAAACAACAGGUAUUCAACUAUGACUUCAAACAUUGCUGAAUAUCUAAAUGCAGCAAACUUGGCAGCUAGAGAGCUACCAAUCACAACACUGAUGGAGUCAUUGAGAGCAUUGAUACAACAAUGGACAUACACAAACAGGAAAAAAGCACAGAAAACAACAACAUUUUUAACACCUACAGCAGAGAAGAAAUUAGUCGACAACUUUGUGGACUCAUUGACAGAAAAUGUAAAACCAAUAAACGAGACCAUGUUCGAAGUCGUUGAACUAACCAGAUCAUGGGUCAUCAACCUCAAGGAGAAAACAUGCAGUUGCAACAGAUUCCAACUUGAUGAGUUACCGUGUGCUCAUGCGCUUGCUGUUAUAAAAGAGAUGAACUUGAAUGUUUACAACUACUGUUCAAAUUAUUACACCACGCGAACAUGGCUUGAAACAUACAGCGACUCAACAUAUCCGGUACACAAUCACACAACUUGGGAUGUGCCACAAAACAUAAAAGAUAUCAUUGUUCUGCCACCAAACCAAAAAAUAAGAUCUGGAAGACCAAGGAAACGAAGGUUUUUAAUUGAAUGGGAUACAAAAAAACAUAACAGGUGCAGCAAAUGUGGACAACACGGACACAAUCGAAAGACAUGCAACAAUCAAGCAAUAAAAUAGAUACAUAUGAAAUAUUUGAAUUGUUUAAUUUUGUGUGCAAAUUCAAACAGGUUGAUCUGUGAUGUUCUAAAUACAUGGGAUUUCAUUUUUAUGAAAUUUGAAACAGUUUUUUAAUAGUUUCAAAAUCGUUUUGUUACA